AUGGUGAAUUCUAUGGUGGAAAGAGCCACGAGCGACAUGCUGAUCGGGCCUGAUUGGGCGAUGAAUAUCGAGAUCUGUGACAUGUGCAAUCGCGACCCUACGCAAGCGAAGGAUGUUGUCAAAGGAAUAAAGAAGAAACUCGGUAGUAGGAAUUCGAAAGUUCAACUACUUGCCCUAACACUGUUAGAGACGAUCAUAAAGAACUGUGGGGACAUUGUACAUAUGCAUGUGGCAGAGAGAGAUCUUCUUCAUGAGAUGGUCAAAAUAGCUAAGAAAAAGCCGGACUUUCAUGUCAAAGAGAAGAUAUUGAUUCUGGUAGAUACUUGGCAAGAAGCUUUUGGUGGUCCAAGGGCAAGAUAUCCGCAAUAUUAUGCUGCAUACCAAGAGUUAUUGCGUGCUGGGGCAGUAUUCCCUCCAAGGUCUGAGAGGUCCGCCCCUGUAUUCACACCUCCACAAACACAGCCUCUGUCAUCUUAUCCUCAAAAUCUGCGCAAUAUUGAGUAUCCACCAGGAGCAGCUGAAUCUUCUGCAGAGUCAGAGUUUCCAACCUUGAGCCUGACAGAAAUUCAAAAUGCUCGGGGUAUCAUGGAUGUUUUAGCAGAGAUGCUAAAUGCACUAGACCCAGAGAACAAAGAGGGGCUUAGGCAGGAGGUUAUUGUUGACCUGGUGGAACAGUGUCGUACAUACAAGCAAAGAGUGGUACAUCUUGUUAAUUCUACUUCGGACGAAUCCCUACUGUGUCAAGGAUUAUCAUUGAAUGAUGACUUGCAGCGAGUACUAGCCAGGCACGAAUCCAUUUCUUCAGGAACUUCUACUCCAGGUCUGGCAGAUAAACCAAAAGCUGAAUCCAGUGGAGCACUUGUAGACACCAAUGCUCCUCUAGUUGAUACAGGAGAUAACAAGGACAAAAAGCCUGAUGGGGGAUCAACUUCAAAUUCUCAAACACUAAACCAGUUGUUACUCCCUGCACCUCCUGCAAGUAAUGGUCCAACUACUCCAGCGGGAGCCAAUCCCAAAUGGGACCUGUUGAGUGGUGAUGAUUAUAACUCACCAAAGGCUGAUACUUCUCUUGCUCUAGUUUCUGUAGGAGAACCCCAGACGACCACUCCUCUGUCACAGCAGAAUGCACUUGUUCUGUUUGACAUGUUUUCUGAUGGUAACAAUGCUCCAAAUACGGCCAAUACACAGCCUACCAAUCUGGCUGGACAAACCAAUUCCUUGACUCCACAAUUCCAACAGCAACAGAAUUUUCAAACACCAGAAGCUGGUGUUUACAUGAAUGGUAGUGCCCCUAAUAUGGGAUCUCCACGAUAUGAGCAGUCAGUAUACAUGCAAACCACCAGUCCUGCCUGGAAUGGACAGCUUCCCCAGCAGCAACAGCAGCCAGCCUCACCAGUUUAUGGUGCUCAAAGUAGUGGAUCACUGCCUCCACCUCCUUGGGAAGCUCAGCAAGCAGACACAGGCCCAGUGGCAGGCGCUCAAUACCCUCAAUCAGUGCAAGUUACUCAGAUGGUUGCCACACAUGCACAACCAUUGCCUAGUGGUAUGCACCCUCAAGGGCCUCAAUCAGUGGGUAAUGAUCAGGUGGGUAUGUACAUGCAGACUGCACCAAACAAUCAGUAUUGGGGCAUGAAUCCCCAAGCAAUGCAGGGAGGACAGUAUAUGGGUAUGUUUCCACAACCAAUGCAAGCUGGGCCGAUGGCUUCUAUGUAUCCUCAACAAGUGUAUGGCAACCAAAUGGCUGGAUAUGGGUAUGGUCCACAACAAGGGACGCAGUACCUUGAGCAGAGAAUGCGUGGACUAUCUGUUAGAGAUGACAGUGGCUUGAGAAACUCAUCUUACCAGGUUCCAACUUCUUCUUAUGUGCCUUCUGGUAAGCCUUCCAAGCCAGAGGAUAAGCUAUUUGGAGACCUAGUAGAUAUUUCAAAGUUCAAGCCAGGAAAAUCCACUCCUGGGAGAGCUGGUAGCAUGUGA